AUGGGCGGUCCGUCGGCCAAGGAGAUCGGCCUGUCGCCCGACCUGCGCAGCCGGCUCUCGCCCGGCGGCGCCUCCUUCCAGCUGGCGUCGACGCGCUACUAUGUGUACGGUCCGGGGGACGACGGCGUGUUUGUCGAGUACCUGUACCGCGCGCCGGGCGCGGUCGACGACCUGCUUCUCACGCGCGCGGGCCGAGUCCGCAACGACGGCGGCAACCGGUUCGGCUUCGAGUUUGGGCUGCCCCUCCGGCCGUACGAGGCGCGGGUCAAUGCCGACACGACGAGCGGUGACGACAUCUUCGCGGCGCUGGUUAGCGGGCGACCGCUGGAGGGGCUGCCUGCGUCUGCGGCGGGUCUGCCGGGCGGAUCAAAGGUGGAGCUGCAGACCACGUACCUGAGCGAGCGCGUCUGGAUCAUCCGCGACGCGAACGGGCAGACGGCCGCGUUUGAGCGCACAGAGACGCGAUCCGUGGCCGACCGGCGCGGCCUCGUCGCCGACGGGCAGCUGAAGCCGCCAGACGACGACUCGAUCCGCUUCGGCCGGCUGCUGUUCGGGGAGACCCUCUCCGACUACAACGGGUGGGAGUCGGACCAGAAGAAGGACUCGGAGCUCAAGGACAAGCUCUUCAAGUGA